AUGGACUCCGCGGUCGCUGCGCAUGCUCUGGCAGAUGCCGCAGCACAGGUCCUGGUGGAUGACAAGGAGAUGCGCCGGGGCCUUGUGCAGACGCUGAGCCGGCUGGGCGACCGCUCCGAGCAACUUGCGGCAAUCGAUGCUCUGAGCGAGAAAGCCCUCGGCCUCACGGGUCGCCGAGCUGCAACCCCCGCCCCCCGACCGCCCUCGUCUUGGGCUGCGGACGGAGGACAUGCAGCCGCGGCAGCGGAACCACAAGACUCCAAUGACGAACUCUUCAUCAUCUGGUCGCCUCUUGUUGACAGCCAUCUUGGCGUGAAACAUGUUGAGGAGCUGCGCACCAAGGAUCGCAGGAGUUUGAUCCUGGAGAUCCCAAGCACCGUGAAGACCUCUUCAUCGCUUCCCUCACUGAACCGCGCUGGUGAGGCGCGUCCGAACGGCUCCAAUCCGAGACAGCGAAGCAAGGCAUUGCCCGACUAUGCGCCGCACCUUCGCAGGUCGGCUUUGAACAUGGGUAUGCCGUCUCAACUGACCACGACAUAUAUGGCCCAAUGCAGCAUUCCGGUUCAGAAAGCGGUGGACCCAAAGUGGUCGACGGAGCUGAAGCGAGCUGAUUGGCGAAAUGCACAGCGGAUUCAGUAUGACAACCGCCUGUCAGCCUCCACCACCGGCUCGAUCUCUCCCGAGAUGCCAUACCUGGUCAGACAUCACUGA